AUGCACUCCUUGCUGAGCAGCAUCUUCUACUACUGCUACUACUACGACUACGACUACUACUACUACGACUACUACUACUACGACUACUACUACUACUACUACUAUCAUUCAUGUUGCGCUGUCAUCUCGACAGGCACUUCAUGCCUCAGGCAGAACUACAUCCACAUGACCAGCUCCAUUCAACCGGAUCUUCCCGAAUCAGCUCAGAGCAGACGGUCUGGUCUCUCCCUCCCUGCACAACAAAGACAAGAAAGACGUCCGUCUGCUGGAAGAGUCUCCCUCUUGUCUCGUCAACAAGAGACUCGGGUUCAAUUGUCAUGA